CGGCCUCAACAACAAGAAGUGGAGUGGAGUGGUAUAGCAUUUGAGAAAAUGAAUAAUCUUAGAAUCCUUAUUGUCCGAAAGGCCCAAUUUUCAACUGGUCCUAAAUAUCUUCCCAAUAGUUUGAGAUGGCUUGAAUGGGAGGGAUAUCCUUCUACAAAAUUGCCGCCAAAAUUUUCCCCAAGCAAACUAGCUGUCUUCAAGUUAUUCUGCUCUCCUUUCAAGUUGGAAGAGCCAUUCAUGAGAUUUGAAUAUUUGACAUGCAUGAAUUGCUCAAAUUGUGAAUUCAUAACUGAAGUACCCGAUAUGUCUCAAUGUCAAAGUUUAAGGAGAUUGCUGUUUGAAGAUUGUUACAAUUUGAUCAAAAUUCAUGAUUCAGUGGGAUCUCUCUCGAAGCUGGUUGAAUUAAAUGUUAGUGGAUGCGUUAAACUUACAAGCUUUCCGCAUGAAAUCGAGAUGCCAUCUCUUCAAGCGAUUGAUUUGAGUUUUUGCGAGAGUCUUGACUACUUCCCACAUAUAGUUGGAAACAUGGAUGCAUUAACGCAUGUUUGGAUUGAAGAAACAUCUAUUAAGGAGCUCCCACCUUCCAUUGGAAAUCUUGCCCGGCUUGAAUCUUUGAACUUAAGCUCUUGCAAAAGUCUUAGGGAGCUUCCAAACAGCUUAUUCACGUUUCAAAAUCUUGACUGGCUUGGUUUGGAAGGCAUUCAUCCUGAUGGCAGAAAGUCUUUAAGGAAAUUAUUGCAAGAGAGCCAACCAGCUAGUAGCUGCACAAACGUACAGUUCUUGAUGCUCCAAAAUUGUUGUCUCUUGGAUGAAGAUGUUCAACUAACUCUGGAUCUUUUCCGAAAUUUGAUAGAUUUAAAUCUAUCAGGGAAUGAUUUUGUGUCCCUUCCUGAGUGCCUUAAAGAGUGUGAUAAUGGGGGCAGAGAAUUGCAUUUCAUUAACUCCAAAGUCAUUGGGCCAUUUAUGGUCUCAGGCCAAAAGGGAGUUCUAUGGCAUGAGGACCAUUUUCCCAGCAAAGUCAUCUCCUGAUUGGUUCCACAGUUGGUGUGAAGGAGGGAAAGUGUCUUUUCUUGCUCGUAGGAAUUUCCCUCAUGUGGCAUUUGCAUUUGAGUUGGGGAAAGCCAACACGAGUAGGAGAAAAUCAUUACAUUUUUCUCUGAGCAUCAAUGGUCGCAUAUUACAAGAGAGAAAUGAUCGUAUCACAAUUGCACCAGAUCACGUGGCUUUAUUUAAUCUGGGAGUGGCUUUUGAGGGAGAAGACUGGAGGUGGCUUCAAAGAUUCAUGGAAUUGGAUUGGAAUGAUGUGGAGAUACAAGUCAUUUGUUUAACGCCAGAGAUACCUGUGGUUAAGUGUGGAGUUUAUGUGUACCAACGGCUAACAAACAUGGAGAAUAUCCAAUUCAAGUCUCCAUUGGUUUCCAUAAAUACUCCAGCAACUUCAUUGAAACGAAAAGCCAUAGCUUCUCCUCCAAAUGCACCAUCCAAGAAGGCCCUCAGAAAGCUCAAGACUACUGAUAAAGGAAAGAUCAACAACAUAAAGAAAGGUUCAAGGAGAAAUCAACGACACCAAUUGUUUCAUUCCCGCCGCAAGAGAAGGAUGGUUUUUCCAAUGGGUAAGCAUGUUUGGAGAUUUUUGAACUGUUAGCAAUUGAAUAUUACGGUUGAUAGCCCAUUGUUAGAUGAUGAGAUGACACCUCUGAGCUGUUACGGUGUGUCCGGGCAACUGGCAUGAUCCCGGCUGCAAACUUAAUAUUUUAAUUUGCUAGGGAUUGAAAACUACAUAUGUGCAAUAAUCAUGCUAUGAGAAUUCUUUUCCCUUCCGUGACAAUUGGUGUGAAGGAGGGAAAUUCAUGUGGCCUUGGCAUUUGAGUUGGGGAAGCCAACAUGAGUGAGAGAUACUCCUUUGAGAUUUGUAUCAGUAUCAAUGGUUGUCAAAUACUACGGAGUUACGAAGGUGCUGUGAUAUCACAAGGUCAUGUAUGUUUAUUUAAUAUAAUAAAGUCUCCUGGGGGAGAAGUAGAAGAGCUGUGGAGUUUAUGUGUACAAACAGCAAACAUACAUGGAAGAUGUCCUGUUCAAAUCUUCUGAUCUGCUUUCCGUGAAUAUUCAAGAUCUUCACUGAAACGUAAAACGGUUACAUCUCCUAUUCAGCCGUCCAAGAAGUUGCUGAGAAGAUUGAAGGCAACUGACGAACGAAAACUCAAUCACAGAGAGAAAGGGACAAGGGACAAGGGACAAGGUGAGGAGGAUCAAAUAGUAUAUAAUGCUACCAGAGCAACUUGCAUUAUGCAAAUGUACAUGCUAUCUAUGGUUUUAAAUUGUGUAAAUGUGUACAUCCGAACUAAUUGAAUUAAGUCAAAACUAUAGAAAUUGAAAUUAAAUUGUAACAAGUAAAAGUUUAGCAAUGGCAUUACAAUUAAGUUAAAA